AAAAAAAAAUUAAUAAUAUUAGCAAUAACAAACAUGAUGACAACAAAAGUAGAAAUCGAAUCAGCAGAAAACAAACCUGCCGAUUGGGUGCAGAAAGAACUAUUUGUGGAUCUUCUCAAAGAGACGGUUAAGGGAUUCUCCAAAAUUAAGAGUUUCAAAACCAAUUCAGGAUCAGCUAUAGGCGAAAACUAUGCAACAAUCAUGGUCAGAGUGAAUAUUGAAGUCGAGCUCGAAGACGGCAAGGAAAAGUCUGUUAGCUACAUGAUAAAACUGCCCCAUCAGCAGGAAGCGCACGAAAGGAUGCUGGGAAAUAAUAAUAUCUUUGGCAUUGAGCAAAAUAUGUAUAAAACAUUUGUUCCCGAGAUGGAGCAAUUGUAUCGUGAUGCUGGUGUGGAAGUGAAUUUCGGUGCAAAGUCCUAUGAACUGAAGGGUGCGAAGUCCCUGUAUAUAUUGCUUGAAGAUUUGGCUCCUAGGGGCUUUAAAAACAUAAAUCGUCUAGAAGGAUUGGACCAAGCUCACACAGAAGCAGCUCUAAGAAAGUUAUCACAGUGGCAUGCUGCCUCAGCCGUGCGUGUGGCGACUAAAGGGGAUUAUCCAAAAGAGUUUAUUUUUGGAUUCUUUAAGGAGGAGAACCGAGCUGUCGUCACUGAGAUUAAUAAGGGUCUAGGACAGGCUUUCCUUAAAUGCUGUGGAACAUACGAGGGAAACCAGGAAUAUAUAGAGCAAGUGAAAUUGGCUGUGCCUAAGGUAACUGAGCAAUGUUAUAAGAUGUCAAAGCCAGAUCCUACUGAAUUUAAUGCCCUCAAUCAUGGUGACCUUUGGAGCAAUAACAUGAUGUUUUUGCAUGAUUCAUUUGAGAAUAUCAAAGAAACUUAUUUUGUGGAUUUUCAAUUACCCAAAUAUGGAUCUGUAGCACAGGACUUGUAUUACUUUUUGAUGUCAUCAACGAAGUUCGAGGAUAAAGUCAGCAAAUUUGAUCACUAUAUCAAUUUUUAUCAUCAGCAUUUGGUAGAAAAUUUAAAACUUCUCAAAUUCACGAAGCAUGUACCAACUUUAAGCGAAUUUCAUAUUUCACUCUUGAAAUAUGGAUUCUUUGGUUACAUUUCUGCAACCGGUGUUAUGAGCGGUGUGUUGCUGGAUGCUACAGAAAUUUCAAAGUUUGAGAACUUCCUCAGCGACUCUAAAGAGGGAAACGAUUUCAAGACGUUGCUUUUUUCUAAUCCCCGCUAUCGCAAACAUAUCCAAGCUGUUCUGCCCUGGCUGUUGAAUCGUGGUGCACUUGAAGCUUUUUAAAAUAACGUGUGAAAGCAACUUAGGAUAAAAUGCAUUGCAAAUAAAUAAAAUACAACCGAAAUCCUUGAUUCAUCCCGUAAUAAAAUAUUGUUAAUCUAUUAAUUACUCAAUCGUAGCUUUUGAUCUAUUGUAUACAAAAAUGUAGUUCGUUUUUUGAUUUGUUGAGCACCUUGGAUAUUAAUCGCUCAAAUUAAUUUGUAUGUUUAGUAAAUAGUAUAUAUAUAUUUUUAUUAAAAAACUUGUUAAGCACUAAUUAAAGGCAUGACAUAUCCUUGAGCGACUUUCUUUUUCUGUCUAGCCGCCUUAUGUUAUGUUUAACAAUUAUAAAAUAUUUUUGUAAUAGAUAAAGAACGAUGAAAUAAAUAAUAUUAUAAAUCAGAACAACAUAGGAAACCCAGUAAAUGUAUGCUUACAUUGAAACAUCUUGAAAAUAUAUGAAAAUUUGGAAACUUCAGUUAAUACUU